GACGGGUGUUGCUUUUUUAUUACGUAAGGAGAGGUUGCGUCUUAAUGGUGGCCGUUGCGUGGUAAAGGCUAUUCCUGGGUUUUUGUUAACUGGUGUCCAAGCACGUCUCAACGAGAAACAGUUUUGUAGAGAAAAAAAGUAAAGUAUGGUUCGCAGCCGAAGCAGCAAGGCAGCCCAGGGAGUCCGGCGACGUAGAAGAAGAGCAGGUGGUGCUACAGAGAAGAAAUGUUUUCCAUCUGUAAGAGAGUUUGUAAGGUUGAAGACUGUUCAGAUCAAAGAAGAAGUUAAUGAAGCAAUGCCUAGUAACAUACCAGAUGAAGCUUUUAAUGCUAAGAGAGAUUUGACAGAACACAAAUCUUUAGCUGUUAAAAGAGAAAUCUGUGACCAAGACUAUGUCCUUCUAAAGGAAGAGUUACUUGAACCAAGUUGUAUUUUCAUUGCAGGGAAAAAUGCAGUGAGCAUUCAGGGGUCUGGAAAACCCAGUAAAUCCAGAGGGUGCCGUCAGUGUGAUGUAUGUGGAAAGCGGUUCAAUCGAUCAGGUGAUCUCCGAACACAUCAACGCAUUCACACUGGAGAGAAACCUUUUCACUGUAUAGAAUGUGGAAAGAGUUUUCGUCGUAGUGGUCAUCUCCGUUCACACUUACUAAUUCACACGGGAGAAACCCCGUUUGACUGCAAGGACUGUGGAAAGAGUUUUCGGCACUCCAACAAUUUAAAGACACACCAGCGGAUUCAUACUGGUGAGACCCCAUAUGUUUGUGACAGAUGUGGGAAAGGAUUUCGGCAGCGAGGUCACUUAAAGUUACACCACCGGACACACACAGGAGAAACUCCUUACCAUUGCAGUGACUGUGGAAAAAAUUUUGGUCGGUUGGUUUAUUUACAGUCCCAUCGGAGAAUCCAUACAGGAGAGACCCCUUACUUUUGUGCUGAUUGUGGGAAAUAUUUCCGACAGUUGGGAAACCUUCAGUCACAUCAGCGCAUCCAUUCAGGGGAAAAAUCCUACCAGUGUGAUGAAUGUGGAAAAUACUUUCGGCAUCCAAGUGGCUUGAAGGCACAUCGACGAACUCACACUGCUGAAACGCCGUAUCAUUGUGCAGAGUGUGGAAAACGCUUUCGGAGUACUGGUGCACUAAGGAUACAUGAACGUGUACAUACUGGUGAAAGGCCAUAUCGUUGUGCCGAGUGUGGAAAGGGAUUUAAAGAAUCUGGUGUUCUUAAAAACCACCAGAGGAUUCACACUGGAGAACACCCAUAUACUUGCCAGGACUGUGGCAAAAGAUUCAGACAACUAGGGGCCUAUAAGACACAUCAGCGAUUGCAUACUGGAGAGAAGCCUUACUCUUGUGCAGAGUGUGGGAAGAGGUUUAGACACUCCAACAGCCUACAGGCUCAUCAGAAAAUGCAUACAGGAGAAGCACCGUAUACAUGUACUGACUGUGGAAAAACCUACAAGCAUUUAAAAACAUUGAAAAUACAUCAGAAAUUACACAUGUGAUAAAGCAACUGCUGUUAGUGCAAACUGGAACUUAAUGGAAACAUUCCAGUACGAGUGUGAUGCCAAAAAAGAUUUCAUAGUUUGUAAUAUUUAGUGAAGGAACAUGAAUGACUGAAAUGAGGCGUUCUAUUAAUUAAUUACAUGUUAACACUAUUCCACCAUGUUCUUUCUGCAAGCUUUGCAAAUCUGUUUGAAUUUAUCAUUUAAAUUUUAAGAAAUCCUGUUUUGGUAUAAAAAUGAGUUACAAAAGAAUUGCUAAUGAUUUUUAGAAUCAUCAGAGAAGUGUGUUCCACCUGUACAUUUCUAUAUAAAAUAUAUAAAAUGAUUUUAAAUGCAAGACACUUAUAUAAUAGUAAAUGCAAUUGUGGCUGUUUUUUUCUGGUAGGAGAAUAAACAAUUGGCAAGCAGAA